AUGUUGCCAUCCAAGUCGGCGGAGUUUGAGAACCUGGGCUCGACGGUUGAGGCCGAGGUUGUGAUCAAUGGGACUACGAUAUUUGAACGCAAGACGUACAGCCUGAAGCAAUAUCAUUUCCAUACGCCCGCAGAACACCUUAUCGACGCGCAAUUUUAUCCGAUGGGGGUGCAUUUCGUCAACAUCGCGUCUGACGGUUCCAUUUUCGUCCUCGCAGCGCUCUUCGAACUAUCCCUCACCGGAACAAAUGCAAACCUCCUAGCCCCCCUCUCCGCUCCUCUCCACGCCAUCACAAAACAAGGCAGCUCAACCACCACUGGCCCACUCUCCUUCUCCAACAUCACGAAUUUCUUCAACAUCGUUUCCCUAUUCAAAUAUAUUGGAUCGUUGACGACUCCUCCAUGUACUGACGGUGUCACUUUCCUCGUCGCGGAUACUUUCCUGCCGAUUAGUCCGAAAGCGUUUUCGGAGUUUAAAAGUGUGUUGAAGUUUAAUGCGAGAUAUGUGCAGAAUGCGCCAGGGGAGGAGAAUUUGAUUGAGGUGGCUGCGGGUCAGUUGCCAAAGUAG